AUGGCUGCUGGUGGGGACAUCCCCGGGGUCACCGAUGGGGACAUCCCCGUGGUCACCGAUGGGGACAUCACCACGGCCAUGGCUGGGGAGGCCACGUUCCCAAGGAGGGUCAUGGAGAUUUUGGGGGGGGGGAUGACGACACCAAGUCACGUGUCCCCGUCGUCCCUUGCAGUGGUGGAGUGGAUCCCCACGCCCUACCGCGCCGUCACCGUGGCCAUCACCGGCUUCGCCUACACCCUGGGCCAGAUCCUGCUGGCCGGCAUGGCCUACGCUGUCCCCCACUGGCGCUGGCUCCAGCUCUCCGUCUCCCUCCCCUUCUUCAUCUUCCUCCUCUACUCCUGGUGGUUGGCCGAGUCCGCCCGUUGGCUGGUGCUCUCGGGGAAGGCCGAGAGGGCCGUGAAGGUCCUGCAGCGCGUGGCCAGGAUUAACAAGAAAAAGGAGGAAGGGGAGAAGAUCACGGUGGAGAUCCUGAGGUCCAACAUGAAGGAGGAGUUGGCUGGGUUGAAGUCCUCCUACACCAUCUCCGACCUGGUCCGGACUCCCGUCAUCCGCCACAUCUUCUUCUGCCUCUCCAUCGUCUGGUUCUCCAUCAGUUUCUCCUACUACGGGUUGGCCAUGGAUCUGCAAAACUUUGGUGUCAGCAUUUACCUCAUCCAGGUGAUUUUUGGCGCCGUUGACUUCCCGGCCAAGGUGGUGGUGACCGUCUCCUUGAGCUACAUUG